AUGGCAUCUGAGAAACAAAACCGAGAAGAACUUGAGGAGAAAGCAAGGCAUGGUGAAACUGUUGUUCCUGGUGGAACUGGUGGAAAGAGCCUUGAAGCUCAACAACACCUUGCUGAAGGAAGGAGCCGUGGAGGGCAGACAAGGAAGCAGCAGUUAGGGUCCGAAGGAUAUCAUGAGAUGGGAACCAAGGGAGGGCAGACGAGGAAAGAGCAGAUGGGGAGAGAAGGGUAUCAAGAAAUGGGACGUAAAGGAGGGCUAAGCACUAUGGAGAAAUCUGGUGAGCAACGUGCUGCAGAGGAAGGCAUUGAGAUUGAUGAGUCUAAGUUUAGGAAUGACUGA